AAGUCUAUUCUGGAAUCGAAACCAGGUGGAGACCGGGUUAUAAACGAAUAUAAUCGGACCAAGGCCUUGACUGAUGAAACAAGAAGGAAGCUUGUCAAGAUCCUGACAGCAGAUAUGAUGGAGACAAAUGGCACAUCGCCACCCAGACAGGUGAAGGAGAAGUACGCAAGAGGAAUUGUGACCUUAUUCCCCUACCUCAGCGACCCCUUUUCUAAGAAUGGUUAUGUAAGUUGCAUCAAUUCAGUCAUUUUGGCAAAUGCCAACUAUUUUGAAAUAUUUUCACAUUUUUUAAAUUAUCCUGUAUGUACAUAGCCAUGCUGCGUCCUCCUAGUGACACAACACCUUCAGUGUUGCUUCUAGUCAGGCCAAGAGCAAUACAAAUAUUGUUUGAGCUUUGAAAAAUUGGGAACCCUUCCCUCUUUAUCUGGAAGCGAACAACCAGUAGCAAACCAAGGGAGGUGGGUCAACCAUGCUGUUUGGGAAAUGUUAAUUGUUAUGCUCUUGGGUCAGACCAAGUCUAAAAGAGAUUUGAAAGUUGAUGAUGAUGAGGCUAUUAUGUGUACCCUCAUGUUGCCCAAUGUAACAUGCAGUCUUUGAGAAAAUGUUCACUAAUAUUCCUUCCUUCAAUGAGCACUACUACGAUGGUGAAAGUGGGACGGGAUGCCUUGCCUGGAGAAUCAAAAUGGUUCAGAGGAGCAGUGCCAAAGAUCGCAGAGCGGCAGGAGAAGGCCCAUCUGGAACAGAACAUGCUGGCGGCCCAACUGUCAAUCGAGAGUUGAGUUCCAACAUGUUCCAGAGACAACCCUAACUGAAGAGCAAUGUCGGGAAGCCAUCUCAGUGAUAAAACAUUCUACUGAUGAAGAAAUGAUGAAGAGGAAGAUUAAGUUAACUUUUCCCCAUCGUCGCGACUUGGUUGUGGACCCUCAUCAGUCCAGCGAGAUAGUGUCCAUUUUUCCACGAUUCAAAGAUGUCAAAGGAUUGAUUGAACAGGAUUUCAUCCUCAUGUUUGGAGAGGCUACAUCAAUGAAACUUCUGGAGAGAUGGACGACAACCUUCAAGCAGAAGAUCAUCCGGGAGUGCCAGAAGCUUCCAGCUGCGAAUGAAAUGAAAGAACUCCUGCUGGCUGCCGAUCCUCCAGAGGAUGACCCUGAAGAUUAUGAAUUGGGUUGGGACAGCGACCUGACAUCGAUCGUGUUGCUUUUGCACCUGAUUCCACCAACUGCUCAGGGUCGGAAAAGACCUGGAAAGGUGGCGGCCUCCCAAGCAGAGAAGCACCUCGUUGUCUUCAAGGAGACUGGAACAAAUCUACAAGAGUAUAUGGACAGCAUCACCUCCAGCACUCAGCCCUAUCUGCUGGCAGUUGGAACCAAGAAGAAUGUGAUCCACCAGUUCUUCAUCAUUCUUGACAACAACGCCAUACCAUGCAGUGAAACGUCCUCCUCCACCUCCUCCAAUCACACGUCCUCCACCUCCUCCAACCACACUUCCUCCCUCUCCUCCUCCAUCUCCUCCUCUGGUCUGGCAAGGCCAACAUCACCUCCUCCUCCAUCCUCCUCUUCCUCAGCAGUGACCUGGGUACCUGUUGAUUCCUCUGAUUCUGGUCUGGGUGUUGCUGCGGUGACCAUCCUCCGAUUGGUUCCUCUGGUUGUCUUGGUGAUGAUCGUCAUGACAACACUGCUGUUGCUAAAGAGGAGAAGGCGUUCUGCUGGGUCAAGUGAUGGAGGACAGAACCGCACAGGUAGAACCACAGAUGAAGAGGAGAACCGCACAGGCCCAAGUCCUGGGCCAGGGGCAGUCUUCUACUCCGCAGCAAACUCAUCAGCAGUGUGUGUGCAGACAGGCGAUGGUGACUAUGCGAACGUCGGCAGGGGAUGACACGUAUGCUGAAGUUACACAUCACAGCCGGACACAGCACAACUAUGCUGUGUGUGUGUGUGUGUGUGUGUGUGUGUGUGUGUGUGUGUGUGUGUGUGUGUGUGUGUGUGUGUGUGUGUGUGUGUGUGUGUGUGCGCGUGUGUGUGUGUGUGUGUGUGUGUGUGUGUGUGUGUGUGUGUGU